AAAAGCUGCUCUGCAUGUGUCCAGUCGAUUUCCACGGGAUCUUCCAGUUAGAUGAGAGGCGGAGAGACGCAGUCAUCGCGUUGGGCAUUUUUCUCAUUGAAUCUGAUCUCCAGCACAAAGACUGUGUGGUUCCUUACCUUCUUCGACUUCUCAGAGGUCUUCCCAAAGUGUAUUGGGUAGAAGAAAGCACAGCUCGGAAAGGCAGAGGUGCCCUUCCGGUCGCAGAGAGCUUCAGCUUCUGCUUGGUUACUUUGCUGUCCGACGUGGCCUACAGGGACCCUUCACUUGGGGACGAGAUUUUAGAAGCACUUUUGCAGGUUUUGCACGUCCUUUUGGGAAUGUGCCAAGCCUUGGAGAUCCAAGAAAAAGAAUACCUGUGCAAGUACGCGAUCCCCUGCCUGAUUGGAAUCUCGCGAGCGUUUGGGCGUUACAGCACCACGGAAGAGUCUCUCCUCUCGAAGCUCUUUCCCAAAGUCCCCCCUCAUUCCCUGCGAGUCCCAGAAGAGCUCGAAGGUGUUCGGCGGCGUUCUUUCAAUGACUUCCGCUCCAUCCUGCCCAGCAACCUGCUGACGGUCUGUCAGGAGGGCACCCUGAAGAGGAAGACCAGCAGCGUGUCCAGUAUCUCUCAGGUCAGCCCUGAACGUGGCAUGCCCCCUCCUGGCUCCCCUGGAGGAUCGGCCUUUCACUAUUUUGAAGCCUCUUGCUUGCCUGAUGGGACGGCGCUGGAGCCUGAGCACUACUUCUCCACCAUCAGCUCCAGCUUCUCCGUCUCUCCCCUGUUCAAUGGCGUCACCUACAAGGAGUUCAACAUUCCGCUGGAGAUGCUCCGGGAGCUCUUAAACUUGGUGAAGAAGAUCGUCGAGGAGCCUGUUCUCAAAUCGCUGGACGCAGUCGUAGCCAGCGUGAUGGAGGCCAACCCCAAUGCUGACCUCUACUACACGACCUUCAGCGACCCCCUCUACCUGGCCAUGUUCAAGAUGCUGCGCGACACCCUGUACCACAUGAAGGACCUCCCGACCUCCUUCGUGAAGGAGAUCCACGACUUUGUGCUGGAGCAGUUCAACACAAGCCAAGGGGAGCUCCAGAAGAUCCUCCACGAUGCAGACCGGAUCCACAGUGAGCUGAGCCCCCUCAAGCUGCGCUGCCAGGCCAACGCCGCCUGCGUGGACCUCAUGGUGUGGGCCGUGAAGGACGAGCAGGGUGCAGAAAACCUUUGCAUCAAGCUGUCCGAGAAGCUGCAGUCCAAGACGUCCAGCAAGGUCAUCAUCGCACACUUGCCCCUGCUCAUCUGCUGCCUGCAGGGCCUGGGCCGCCUGUGCGAGCGGUUCCCGGUGGUGGUGCACUCGGUGACACCGUCGUUGCGAGACUUCCUGGUCAUCCCGUCCCCGGUGCUGGUCAAGCUCUACAAGUACCACAGUCAGUACCACACAGUCGCCGGCAGCGAUAUAAAAAUCAGUGUGACCAAUGAGCAUUCCGAGCCGGCCCUGAACGUCACGCCGGGCAAGAAGAGCCAGCCCUCCAUGUACGAGCAGCUGCGGGACAUCGCCAUCGACAACAUCUGCAGGUGCCUGAAGGCCGGCCUCACCGUGGACCCUGUGAUCGUGGAAGCCUUCCUGGCCAGCCUCUCCAAUCGGCUCUACAUCUCCCAGGAGAGUGACAAGGACGCUCACUUGAUUCCUGACCACACGAUCCGAGCCUUGGGACACAUCGCCGUGGCCCUGAGGGACACCCCGAAGGUCAUGGAGCCGAUUCUGCAGAUCCUGCAGCAGAAAUUCUGCCAGCCCCCGUCCCCGCUCGACGUGCUCAUCAUCGACCAGCUGGGCUGCCUGGUGAUCACCGGAAACCAAUACAUUUAUCAGGAAGUGUGGAACCUCUUCCAGCAGAUCAGUGUGAAGGCCAGCUCUGUCGUGUACUCGGCCACCAAAGAUUACAAGGACCACGGUUACAGGCACUGCUCCCUGGCGGUGAUCAACGCCCUGGCCAACAUCGCGGCCAACAUCCAGGACGAGCAGCUCGUGGACGAGCUGCUCAUGAACCUGCUGGAGCUGUUCGUGCAGCUGGGGCUGGAGGGCAAGCGGGCCAGCGAGCGGGCCAGCGAGAAGGGGCCUGCCCUGUAGGCUUCCAGCAGCGCGGGGAACUUGGGCGUCCUCAUCCCUGUGAUCGCUGUGCUCACCAGGCGACUGCCGCCCAUCAAGGAAGCCAAGCCCCGGUUACAGAAGCUCUUCCGGGACUUCUGGCUGUAUUCCGUGCUGAUGGGAUUCGCCGUGGAGGGGUCAGGACUCUGGCCAGAAGAGUGGUACGAGGGGGUCUGCGAAAUAGCCACCAAGUCCCCCCUGCUGACCUUUCCCAGCAAAGAGCCGCUGCGGUCUGUCCUCCAGUACAACUCAGCCAUGAAGAACGACACGGUCACGCCCGCUGAGCUGAGCGAGCUCCGCAGCACCAUCAUCAACCUGCUGGACCCUCCUCCGGAAGUGUCCGCCCUCAUCAACAAGCUGGACUUUGCCAUGUCCACCUACCUCCUGUCUGUGUACCGGCUAGAGUACAUGAGGGUACUGCGUUCAACAGAUCCCGAUCGCUUCCAGGUAAUGUUCUGCUACUUUGAGGAUAAAGCUAUUCAGAAAGACAAAUCUGGAAUGAUGCAGUGUGUGAUCGCCGUCGCCGACAAAGUGUUCGACGCCUUCCUGAACAUGAUGGCGGAUAAAGUAAGGUUUCCCCACUUGCUCUGGAGCGGGACUGUGCUGAAGACCAUGCUGGACAUCCUGCAGACCCUGUCACUGUCGCUGAGUGCCGAUAUUCACAAGGACCAACCUUACUACGACAUUCCGGACGCCCCCUAUCGGAUCACGGUCCCUGACACCUAUGAGGCCAGAGAGAGCAUCGUGAAGGACUUCGCCGCGCGCUGCGGCCAGUGGGUGUGGGAGGCCACCAGGUGGAGCCCGUGACUGGUGAAAUCGCACGCUUUGCUUCUAUUUCAGGAAUAUCUGAAUAAACACCAGAACUGGGUGUCAGGACUGUCCCAGCACACGGGCCUGGCCAUGGCCACCGAGAGCAUCCUUCACUUUGCCGGCUACAACAAGCAGAACACGACCCUCGGGGCGACUCAGCUGACCGAGCGCCCGGCCUGCGUGAAGAAGGACUACUCCAGCUUCAUGGCGUCCCUGAAUCUGCGUAACCGCUACGCAGGCGAGGUGUACGGAAUGAUUCGGUUCUCAGGCGCCACAGGCCAAGUGUCUGACCUGAACAGGAUGCUGGUCCAGGACCUGAACACCGCGCUGGACCACGGCAGUCCUCAGCUGUACACGCAGGCCAUGUUCAAGCUGACCGCCAUGCUCAUCAGCAGCAAAGAUUGUGACCCGCAGCUCCUGCAUCACCUGUGUUGGGGUCCCCUCCGGAUGUUCAACGAACAUGGCAUGGAGACCGCCCUGGCCUGCUGGGAGUGGCUGCUGGCCGGCAAGAACGGCGUGGAAGUGCCGUUCAUGCGGGAGAUGGCGGGGGCCUGGCACAUGACGGUGGAGCAGAAGUUCGGCCUGUUCUCUGCGGAGAUUAAGGAGGCCGACCCGCUGGCAGCGUCGGAAGCCAGCCAGCCCAAGCCCUGUCCCCCCGAAGUGACCCCACACUACAUCUGGAUCGAUUUCCUGGUGCAGCGGUUCGAGAUCGCCAAGUACUGCAGCUCGGACCAGGUGGAGAUCUUCUCCAGCCUGCUGCAGCGCUCCAUGUCCCUGAACAUCGGCGGCGCUAAGGGGAGCAUGAACCGGCACGUGGCAGCCAUCGGGCCCCGCUUCAAACUGCUGACCCUGGGGCUGUCCCUCCUGCACGCGGACGUGGUGCCCAACGCGACCAUCCGCAACGUGCUCCGAGAGAAGAUCUACUCCACCGCCUUCGACUACUUCAGUUGCCCCCCGAAGUUCCCUACUCAAGGAGAAAAGAGGCUGCGGGAAGACAUAAGCAUCAUGAUCAAAUUUUGGACCGCCAUGUUCUCGGACAAGAAGUACCUGACAGCCAGCCAGCUUGUGCCCCCAGAUAACCAGGACACCCGGAGCAACCUGGACAUAACCGUGGGCUCUCGGCAGCAAGCCACGCAGGGCUGGAUCAACACCUACCCCCUGUCCAGCGGCAUGUCUACCAUUUCCAAGAAGUCAGGUAUGUCUAAGAAAACCAACCGUGGCUCCCAGCUGCACAAGUACUACAUGAAGCGCAGGACGCUGCUGCUGUCCCUGCUGGCCACCGAGGUCGAGCGUCUCAUCACGUGGUACAACCCGCUGUCAGCCCCCGAGCUGGAGCUGGACCAGGCUGGAGAGAACAGCGUGGCCAACUGGCGCUCCAAGUACAUCAGCCUGAGCGAGAAGCAGUGGAAGGACAACGUGAACCUGGCCUGGAGCAUCUCGCCCUACCUGGCCGUGCAGCUGCCAGCCAGGUUUAAGAACACAGAAGCCAUCGGAAACGAAGUGACCCGUCUAGUCCGGUUGGACCCAGGAGCCGUUAGUGACGUCCCCGAAGCCAUCAAGUUCCUCGUCACCUGGCACACCAUCGACGCCGACGCACCGGAGCUCAGCCACGUGCUGUGUUGGGCGCCCACGGACCCACCCACCGGCCUCUCCUACUUCUCCAGCAUGUACCCACCGCACCCCCUGACGGCGCAGUACGGCGUGAAAGUCCUGCGGUCCUUCCCCCCGGAUGCCAUCCUGUUCUACAUCCCCCAGAUCGUGCAGGCCCUCAGGUAUGACAAGGUAAGCCACUCACAGCGCUCUCGCUGCCAGCCUCACACCAGCCUGGUCCCUGCUCAUUGCGGAGGGGGAGAGGGGAUCCAGCAAGUUGCCCGAAGGCUCUGCAGCGGCCGCAGAGCUCAGCCCCUCUGUCCGUCUGCAGCUGACAUCGGCGACCUCUUGGAGCAGUUAGUGGAGGAGAUCACGGGCUCCCUGUCGGGCCCUGCCAAGGAUUUCUACCAGCGGGAGUUUGACUUCUUCAACAAGAUCACCAACGUGUCGGCCAUCAUCAAGCCCUACCCGAAAGGCGACGAGAGGAAGAAGGCGUGUCUGUCGGCUCUGUCGGAGGUGAAGGUGCAGCCGGGCUGCUACCUGCCCAGCAACCCCGAGGCCAUCGUGCUGGACAUCGACUACAAGUCGGGGACGCCGAUGCAGAGCGCUGCGAAAGCCCCCUAUCUGGCCAAAUUUAAGGUGAAACGGUGUGGAGUUAGCGAGCUCGAGAGAGAAGGCCUGCGGUGCCGCUCCGACUCCGAGGACGAGUGCGGCUCGCAGGAAGCGGACGGCCAGAAGAUCUCCUGGCAGGCGGCCAUCUUCAAAGUGGGGGACGACUGCCGGCAGGACAUGCUGGCCCUGCAGAUCAUCGACCUGUUCAAGAACAUCUUCCAGCUGGUCGGCCUGGACCUCUUCGUCUUCCCCUACCGCGUGGUGGCCACUGCCCCCGGGUGCGGCGUGAUCGAGUGCAUCCCCGACUGCACGUCCCGAGACCAACUGGGCCGCCAGACCGACUUCGGCAUGUACGACUACUUCACGCGCCAGUACGGGGACGAGUCCACCCUGGCCUUCCAGCAGGCGCGCUACAACUUCAUCCGGAGCAUGGCGGCCUACAGCCUGCUGCUGUUCCUGCUGCAGAUCAAGGACAGGCACAACGGCAACAUCAUGCUGGACAGGAAGGGCCACAUCAUCCACAUCGACUUCGGCUUCAUGUUCGAGAGCUCCCCGGGCGGCAACCUGGGCUGGGAGCCCGACAUCAAGCUGACGGACGAGAUGGUGAUGAUCAUGGGCGGCAAGAUGGAGGCCACGCCCUUCAAGUGGUUCAUGGAGAUGUGCGUCCGCGGGUACCUGGCCGUGCGGCCCUACAUGGACGCCGUCGUCUCCCUGGUCACGCUCAUGCUGGACACGGGCCUGCCCUGCUUCCGAGGCCAGACAAUCAAGCUCUUGAAGCACAGGUUCAGCCCCAACAUGACGGAGCGCGAGGCCGCCAACUUCAUCAUGAAGGUCAUCCAGAGCUGCUUCCUCAGCAACAGGAGCCGGACCUACGACAUGAUCCAGUACUAUCAGAACGACAUCCCCUACUGAGGAGCCUCAGGGCCACCUCCACCAGGCAGCCCUCCCGGGAGCCUUCCCGCAAUCAUGGAGCCGAGUGACCACCCGCCCACCCCUCCGCCAUGGCCCCGCCACUGCAUCCUGUUCUUGUAGGGAACACAGACUGUAGCCCUCAGAGCCCAGCAGGACCCUGUAGGUGUGGCACAGGUGGGCCCUGCUCCGGCAGCGCCCCAGGGACCGAGACAAUCACCAACGGUACGUGACGCGGGGGCGGGCAGCCACGCUCGCUCCGGACACGCCUGCCCGUCAUGUUCCGUGGGUACAUGGAGUAUUUUCUUGUGUGUUAAAAAAGAAAAAUUAUAUUCAAGAUUUAAACAACAUGGACAAAAUAAAACCCAAAAAACGU